UUUUGCUUGACAGCAAUAGUCAUAGCGUGUGUUGACAACACAACAUUUAUGUCCGUCAAACACACGCUAUACAUACUUGUAGUACCGUCACAUCGUUGAAUGCUGCCAUCAUUACUUUUCUCAUUGCAAACAGUGGCGUUUUUAGUGCUCCGCUUAAUCAUCUCAUGCUAGUGAAAUAUCUGCCAUCGAGUUGAUUUUCCACCGGUUCAUGAAAUAAUAUUAAUGGCUUUUCCGUCAUCUACAAACCAAGACGUGACGAAAAAGAUACUGGAAGACAUCCAGAUGAAAAAACAGCUUUUGCAAAAAGGAGUCAAUUCACAUUCGCCAGGCUUUGGCAAUAUAUACAAUACGUCUCUCGGGUUCGGCAGCCUUUACACACCUUCACCAUUGUUUCAGCUUCCCAAGUACACCACCACCGCCGGGCAACCGAACGACAACAACCAGAGCAUCUCGAAGGGCGUCUGGAGUCAGGCGAUCAAUCAAUCGUUUGGUUUUUUUGUACCGCAGGACUCACUGUUUGGUAAUAACAUUCUACCGGUACUACCACGGUACGACAAUCCGUCGAUCCAUUAUGCUAGUACACCAAAAUUUUGAGGGUAAAUGAAAGGUUUCCCUUAACACAAUCUCUACACAUCUUUAAACACUUCCAUACUCACACUAAGACACACCCUCACACUCACAAACGCAUCGUUUCAUUGCAUGGAAUCUAGAAAUAUUGUCGAAAUUGGGUAUUGAUCUGAGACUAGCAUUAUCAAACAAUGGCAUGCAUUAAGCUAAAACAGCUCGAACAGUUUCUACAAACUGUGGACGACUUUACGGCGCCGAAUGUUCGUCUCGAACAGUACCAGACACCAUCGCAUAUUGCGAGCCAGGCACUGUAUGCGAUUCAGACGAAGUAUGCUGAUCUAGAAGGCCGAAUGGUUCUGGAUUUGGGAUGCGGUCCGGGAAUGUUGAGCAUCGGUGCUGCCUUGCUCGGUGCGGACUUUGUUCUUGGGGUGGAAAUCGAUCAACACGCUGCAGAGGACUUCAGGAGCAACCGUGAUGAGUUUGAUCUACAAAACGUCGAAUGUUUGCAGGCGAACGUAUUGCAACUGCCCGCCCUUUGGCACGAUAAACCUUUGUUCGAUACGGUGCUGCUCAACCCACCGUUCGGUACGAAGCAAAAUAGUGGUAUCGAUGUCGCUUUCCUGAAGGUUGCUAUUAGGCUAGCGCGCGGUGCCGUUUACGCUAUGCAUAAAUCAGCCACAAGAGAGCACAUCAAAAAGAAGGCACGGGAGUGGAAGGUUCGGUCCAGUCUGAUCGCGGAAUUACGAUAUAAUCUACCACAAACAUACAAAUUUCACAAAAAGAUAAGUGUGGAUGUGGCAGUGGAUUUGUGGCGCUUUGAAAAGGAAUGACGUGUAUGAUGACGAACUACGGCCAACUAUCAAUAGAAGGAUAGGGAAGAAUUAAUCCCUCAUAUUACUCAGUACUUAUUAUCCGGUUACGUGGUAUAAAUCAGUCUAGUAACUAAUAAAUGCCCAACAACGACUUUGCAAGACGUCAAAACAAGAAGACAAUUACUCAGGCUAACUUGACACAUAUUGCUCUUGUUUUUUUAAUCAGAAAGAAUUGAAAAGCUGAUUACUAUCAUCGCACGCAUUGUAAAAGAAUUGAGCGAGCGAUAAUUAAAGAUAAGGACAAUAGUGUGUACUAAGGAAUCCAAAUUUCAAUCGUUUUCAGGGUUUCUUUUUUUACGGUGCGGGGUAUAUGCUUAUCUGUUCUAAGCUUACGAGCGAGCGUAGAUUGAUAGAUUUUAUUGAUCGUUACAGCAUGUUGCAAUACCAUGUAGACGAACAAUUCAUGGACAAAAGAGAAAAGCGCUCCUGAAUAGUUCAAGAGAUUCCUCUAAUAUGCCAAUACCGCUAAAUGUUUGUAGAGUCUAGUAAAAUAAACUAAUUUAAAAUGUUAUCGAUAGUAAAACGCGCUCAUCCUUGCAUCGUUCAAAAAAUAAAAAUUAGCAAUGAACAGAAUUAUGAUUUCGUAAAUAUGUUCUAUCUGGACUAAGUAAUCAUUUACAGAAACGGACCACUUGAUGUUUUAAAAUCGUAAAACUGAGGUUAUGGUGUCAAUUUUUAACGAAUCGACUUAUUUUUUUUUGUAAAAUUUAGUUUCAGAUGGUGACAAAACGUUUCUAUCAUUGAAUCAAACGAGAUAUCGAUUUUAAGUUUAUGUUUAGUGAAAGUAUGACCAAAACAUAUUUUACAAUAAAAUAAGCCUAUUCAUCAAAAUAAAAAAUCGAA